AUGAUCCCGUUCCAGAACAUGAAGAGGCUGCGGGUGAAUGCCAGAACUGCAGGCUUUGACCGGCAUUUGCUGUCGCACAGAGGCGAUUCGCGUCAGAAGAAGACGAAUCCAAAUCGAGUACGCGACGAAGCUCAGUUUGAGUUGGUCUACCUGCGUGACAAAGUGAGCGAGCUCGAGUCGAAACUGCGCGCACUUCAGCUGAGUUCACCAGCGGUAGAGGCAGGCGUGUCGGUGUCUUCUUCGCCGAGUCCGUUGACUCGAAUGCCUCAAGUAUGGGAGGGAAUGGCGGGUCGUCAGAGCCGCCAUCGUGAGCAAGCCGAGCACGAGAACGCGCGCCUGAAAGUGUUGGUGGAGCGCAAGCAAAAGAUGGUGGUUACCCUGUGCGAGGCGUUGCAGAAGCGAUUCAUUGACCAGAAUGCCAAAUACUGCCGCGGCGUUGACGCAAAGCAGCCCUCUAUUCAAGUAGUGGAUUUCCAUGGAGACAUCGGAGACUUUCAGGACCUAAUUCAACGUCUUGAGGCUGCAUAUCAGGAGCAAGACCGCGUGUUUGUAACGAACGGACUCGCAAACGUUCAAUUCCCGACGGAUGUUGUUCAGAUACGCGAAGUCGAUGACAAGCAAGUUGAGAUUUUUGCGAGCAAACUGCUACCUUUUAGUCUACAGGACGUGGGCGAGGCUGCGUGGGACCACUUCAAGGGCAUCGAGAAGCACCUGGGCAACGGUGGACUGUACGGGAAGUCCAUGAAGAACCUGGACCAUCCUUUCACCAUUAUUGAGUACUUUACGAAGGAAUUUUACUCGAAAAACUUGCGAGCGGAUGUGCAGGCGAAGCAGAUCGUCCGGCGCUGCGUGGAAGCAGACCGGGACAUGAUCGUGUUCGUGUCGAGCAUGACGCCCAUCGAGAUCAAGCACAAGGCCGUCAGCGGACUGGUCUACCACGCUCAAGAGUACGCACUGACAAGGCGACUUCCAGAUGCCUCAGUCGGGCAAGAUCUGUCCCUGCUUCAGCUCUGCACCCGCUUCUCGAUCGAGUGUGAGCCGGGCGUCAAGUUCGACGCUCGGUACCUCCGCUCUGUCGCGCGGUUCUGGAUCGGCAACAUCGCUGGCAACCUCCGCUGCUACCUAGACCGAAUCGAGAAUGCCCUCGUCGACCAGGCACUCAGAAGAAGAAGACAAGAGCUAUAA